AUGUCCCCUCAUCAGUCAGGGGCGCCCACGACCGUUGAGAUUCUGUUUUGUGGCCCGGCCAGCAUGUAUGAGAAGUCACUUUUGGAGGGGGGCGGAACAGGAUCUCAUCAGUCGGGGGAUGACACCUGUCUAGACGUUCAUGCGAAAUGGCUGAAGCUUGGAAAUAGAUGGCUAGAGGAGUUCCCAUGGCUUGAUCGCAAAAGAGAUGGCAGCGGUCGCGUGGUCCUGGCGUUUUGCAAAGCUUGCAAGCUUUACGGAGACUUCCAUGCCGAAUUUCGCACAUGUAAAUCCCUCCAGAAAAGCCACUUUGAGGAGCAUUCGAAGACCAAAAGGCACCAAGCUGCAGUUAGCAAUCCAGACAUCCGAUUGGGCAUCGUGGCUCCCCCCGUGCCGGUUUUUGUAGAGGCUUUGCAGCUUGUCCGGCAAGGGAAAGCAGGCGGUCCCCAAGGCACAAAGACUUUGAAACGAGAGAAGCUCCUGAAGGCCAAGCUCUGCUUGGCGGAAGCUUUGCGGAUCCAGUCCCGCUUGCGACUGCUGGAUUGCAAUUGUCUUACCUUACAUUCAGAUGCUUCAAAGGGAAGGUUGGUGCUGCGAGGCCAGGGCUGCGGGGCGGAGCUCAAACCUGUGCAUGUCUUGCUCGGGUGCAAGAAACUGGAGGAAUUCGACGCUCAGGGGAUCGUAAAGUGUAUCCUGUCCAUGUUAGUAGAGUUUUGCACGCCGUUCCUGCGUGUCGAUUGGUUCCAAGACGCCAAACAUCAGGAGGCCAUGGGUUCUGCGGCAUGCCCAGUCCAGGAAGCCCCUGAGCUCACUGUUCAGCGCAAUCCGACCUCUGUUCCUGGGUCUUGUCCCGACCUGGACAAACAUUUGCUAAAGCAUGUCCUACAGAUGGUUGAAGUGUUCAACGCAGACGCUGCUGCAGACGAACAAUUAGCAGGGCAACUCCUGGCGUCCGACGUCUCUGCGAUCGUGGAUGCUGCUACAUUUGGGGCAAGACCCGGUGAUGGGGUGAUUGAGGCAAUGGAAGUCGCCACUGCAAGCUUCAAGCAGGUGUUCCCAAACCUUAAGGUAAUUAACAGGGACAAGCCGCACGGCGCCAGGAGAAUUGUUUCGAGAACUUUUAAGUGCGAUCCCGUGCUGAACAACUUGGUGGACAAGGUCUUCAUGUCGUCAGAUUCCAUAGUUCAGCAGAUCCACUUCAGCGAUGUAGUGCGUCAUGUGUAUGCACAAAACGUGCGCGCCAUGCAAUUCACGCCUCUGUGGAAAGAAAUGUCUGAGAAAUUUUCCGCUGCCAAGCAUCGCUUCGACACAUGGAGCAUGCCUUUCGCAAAAGUUUACCUGACUUUGGAGGCGGUCGUCAGAACCGCACAACUGCACGAGGAAAGGAAACAUGAAAAAGUUGGCCAAGCAGGUAGGACAUUCCUUGACUUGCUUUCUGAGGAAACCGUGGUGCUCAUGGGUAUGCUGGCGGACGCAGGGGAGGAAAAUCUGCAACUGACCAGACGCCUGGAUUCAGAAAGGGUCACGUCUGGAAGCUUAGCCCUAUUGGUGCAGCAAUUUGUGAUGCGCUUAGAAGUAUUGUUUGUCAAUGGUGCUGUGAAAAAGACCGGCUACAUGGCGCAUGUCUUGAAAGUCUUGGAGACGCCAAAAAAUCCAAAAACACUCUGCGUGGACAAGGUGGUGAAGCGUCUUGGUGGCUUGCUCCGGCAGCAGUUGGCUGUUAUUGUAUGCAACUGCUUAACGAUUCAGUUCUUGGGUGAAAAGAUGAUUGCGGACAAGAUUCAGAAACUGUCGCAGCUUUUAGAAUUAGACGAAGAUUCCUUUGCCGAGCAGUUUGCUGAUUUUCACCCAAUCGCGCAGCACAAGUUCGAAUCAGCAGGUUUGGAGCCUCUCAUGGCAUGGAAAGCUGCUCUGAGCCUGGCCUUGAAAGAUUCAAAUCUACGGAACCAUCAUCCCCAAGGAGAGCUUAGAAAGGCAUUGACUCGCGCUUUUGGAUGGGGCUGUUCUACAUCUGGCGUAGAACAAGCUUUCUCUGGCAUCCGGGCUCUUACCAACAGCAAAGGCAGCAUGACUGAGAUUGCCUUACGCGAUGAAGUUUUUCUUCUUAGCGCCCAGCAUUUCAGUCAAGCUGAAGAUGAGGAAUUGGUCAGAGCAGCGGCUGUUCUUUGGGCAAAGUUCUUUGGUCCUGUAAAAACUACCGGAAGUGACUCCACCAUGAGAUCUGUUGCAGCUAGCCGGGCAUGGCAAAAGAGACGCAAAGACGAGGUUGACAGGACCCUGCAGGUUUUUCGAAAGCGGCGAGCUGCAGCGGUGGCAGCUGAAGUCAAUGCCGCUGAGCCUUCGGCAUUUCAAUGCCCCUGUGAUGAGCACUGGACCGAGAAGCAUGAGGCAGAAGCGCAAUUGCAAAAGAAACGCUGCAGAGAACGUGCCCUUGACACAGCGGCGGGCAAAGGAUUGACCGCCGAAGAAUUACAGCAAGAAAUUGGACAUGACCCUGGACAAGCAGUUGCUGCUCACAAGGCAGCACGCAUCGAGAAAGUUACCCGCUAUCAGGCAAAGAAGCUGAAAGAAGCAAUGCAGAAAGAAAAAGCUUUGCAGUCGAUUUCGGCAAUCUGCCGAGGCAAAAAGAUUUUCUUGUCUGCUGGCAAGCCUGCAACAGGAAAUGAUGCCCUGGACCGGCACAUGACCAGCAUGAGUGCCAUGUUUGAGUCUUCUCCUCUGAAGGCCGAAAUUUUUGUCAUCAAUGAAAUUGUCCAUCCGCCCGAGGAACUUCUUUGGAAUGCUUUUCUGAGUGGCUCUUUUCUCUUGAGUGCGCAGGCAUUCUGCAGUGGGAACGGACCGGCUGUGAAGUACAUCAAUACCAUGAGCAUUCGCAGGUCUGUCUUUUGCUCCAGUGGCUUCCAGUCGGACUUCCCGGGGCUGGUUGCUCUAGUUGUCGCUCGCAUGGCAGACCCUGAUAGCAAGUGGAAACUGCUGAGUGAUUCGCAUCAGUUCUUUGCAGUUUUGACAAGAGCAGAGGCGAACCAGCGGGCUGCGUCCGAGCUGCUGGCUUUUGUCACUGAGACGGAGAUCGGUAGCAUUUUAUCUGCUUUCCCUGAGCAGAAAACUGUCGUUGAUCUCCGCUGCAAGCUUUUGACCCGAAGUUCAGCAGUGAGUUUUUUGGCCAAGGUUGAAUUUAAAAAGAGUGGCAUGUGUGGCAGCUGA